GCAUCGCUACAUCGCGGCGAGAUAAAAGCACAAAAGCUUGCCAGCAUCCGACGGGCUUCAUCUCUGGCUAUAUUAUCGUUAAAGCUCUGAUAAUCACGCGAAGUCUUUCUUUAACAAUCAACGGUUGAUUGAGCUGUCGUGUUGAAUUCGUUUUGUUUUCUGUUGAGUUUUAAGACAUGGACCAGAAAUAAGACUAUUGGUGAAUUUGUGUAUUUUUUUAAGAAACUGAACUGAUUCGUUUUUGAAAUCUGUCGGGGGUUGAUUCCCCCAUCGCCAGCAUCACGAUUUUCGGUGACGGUCACAAAAUUGCAGGUGGGGGUGGCAGGGGUAUGUUCUGCUACCACUGCCCAUCUGCUUUGCAUCCUGGAGCACCGCAACCUAGAUUGCCUACGUUAGAAUAUCCAUUUACCCCAUCACACCCCUAUACCAGUUAUUCUUACCAUCCGGCAAUUCACGAUGAUACUUUCGUUCGGAGAAAGCAAAGGAGAAAUAGGACUACGUUUACCCUUCAGCAGCUGGAAGAGUUGGAGAGUGCGUUUGCUCAAACUCACUAUCCUGAUGUCUUCACCCGAGAGGAUUUAGCUAUGAAGAUAAAUUUAACAGAAGCCAGAGUUCAGGUGUGGUUUCAAAACAGGCGAGCCAAAUGGAGAAAAGCUGAAAGACUAAAAGAAGAACAACGUAAACGUGAGGGUAUAGAUUUAAAGAGAGAUGACGAAACUAAAGAGGAAAAAGUUGAAGACGGCCAAACUACAAGUUCUCCAGAAAUAACAGCAGACGAUGACGUUAAUCGUGAUAGGGAAUGUUCUAGCAGAAGCUCGAUGGAUCGAGAUAGUCCAGAGCAAAGCAGAAGAACAAUCGAUGCAGAUCGAUCAACACCUAUAUCUCCUCAUGGAAGCCCCACUCCGUCAGCCACUUCUGAACCCCCGAGGCAAAUACAAGCUUCAACAUUUUCACAUAUGUUCCCUUUUGGUGACAGUGGUCCUGGUGGUUUUAGGCCUGUUUUGGAUGGAGCUGCUAGAAAUUCCUCGCCAUCUUUGUUCUUUCCUCCACAUUUGGCUUCACAUCUUAGCUCGCAGUUCUCACCACCUUUGUUUCCAGCCUUAAAAGGUUUCCCCGGUUUGUGUUCCUGCUGUCCGAUCAAACCCCUCGGAAGCGGCCUGUCCCCUGCCCACCUGCUGCCCUCUACCGAAGCAGGACCGGCAGUAUCGUCUCAAGGCUCGCCCGUAGGAAGCGAUCAGCGCCAGUCCAGCGUUGCCGAGCUGCGCAGGAAAGCGCAAGAACACUCGGCCGCUCUGCUGCAGAGUUUGCAGCACGUUGCCAAUUUUCAGCAGGCGGCCGGACUCAACUUCCCGCUGUUGCCGCCGCUGACGCUUCAGGCGCUACAGCGAAAACACGACAUCGGAGGGAACGGGAUGACAGAAAACGUAGUAGUUAAAGACCCGUCGCCUACAUAAGGAUUUUAGCGGCUUUUUUUUAUUAGUCUUUGAUUCUAUCAUAAACACCACUAUGCAAGAGCGUUGCCAAGUGGGAUAUGUCCCUCUCUAGAGAUUCAAUAAAAUGUGUUCAACUUUUUUCUUUCGGGAAUCGUUUUUCAGAGUUUGAUUCCCGAUAUUUCCAUGCUUGGCGAAACAAGAUGGAAUGAGAUAUCUAUCUAUGAGAGAAUAUUCAAUGUAAGAAAGUGUUCAAUGUUCAAUAUAGUAUGGUCUAGAUCAGUGAUUCCCAAAGAAGUCCAGGUGGACCCCCAGUGGUCCACUACAGGUGAAUUUUUUUUUACUUGAAAUCACUUAUUAAAAAAAUAAAACAUUCAUUAUAUAGAAGCUUUCUCAAACACAAAAUCAUAAAAAAAUUUCUGCGGAAAUGCAUUAUUCUCUUUUUUUCCGACUUUAGAAUAACUGAAAUCAGUUACAUGAGUACGUGUUCCUGCUUUACAUUCUAAACACUUUUCUUGUGUAGGUAUGAACUUAACCUAGUAGAUACUGUAAUUUAGACAUCAAUACCAUACCGAGAAAAAACGAAAAUAAACGAAAAUGGACCGAAAAACCAAACCAAACCAAAACAAACUUAACCAAA